AUGAGUGAGUUCAGCAAAGAUCCAAAUCCAGGCUCUAGUACAGAGGAUCCCGAGUUCAUGAGCCCUCAUAAUGGGGAUGUACAGUUUGAAGAAAUUGUGGGCUAUAUUGCUUGUGCCUAUGACAGCAAAUCUUGGAUAGGAUAUGUAAUUUCAAAAGAUCAGGACAACUGUGAAUUUGAAGAAAUUGUGCCUGAGUUAACAAUUGAAGAUUUGGAGAAAACUGUGGAUCCUUUGAUUCAUGAAUAUUUUGAACAUGGUGACACUCAAGAAGUAGUAGUUUGCCUAGAAGAAUUAAAUCUGGGUAAACUGAGACCACAAAUAGUCUCUAUGGCUAUUACCCUAGCAAUGGAACGUAAACCUUCUCAACGGGAAAUGACUUCUGUGUUACUAUCUGAUAUGUAUGGACAAAUACUUCUGCAAGAAGAUAUAGCUUUAGGAUUUGAUCAACUUCUGCAAAACCUGUCUGACCUGGUUUUGGAUACACCUGAUGCACCAACAGUGCUUGGCAAUUUUGUUGCAAGAGUUGUGGCAGAUGAUUGUUUGCCUCCAAAAUAUAUUAAGAAUUCUAAAGGAAGAUUUGAUUGUAUUCAUGCAAGAGCUGCUCUUGAGCAUGCUGAGGCGCUUCUUAGCAUGAAACAUGGGUUAGUUCGAUUGGAUAAUGUUUGGGGAGUUGGUGGAGGAAUGAGGCCUGUAAAAUACCUAAUCAACCAGAUGCAUUUAUUACUAGAAGAAUAUUUAUGUUCAGGAGAUAGUGCUGAAGCUUGUCGUUGUAUCCAAGAACUUGAAGUGCCUCAUUUUCAUCAUGAACUUGUAUAUGAAGCUUUGAUCAUGGUCAUUGAAAACAUGCGUGAACCUUCGAUGGAUCUUAUGUGUAAAUUAUUCCAAGUCUUGGCAUCUAGUGUUAUUGUCACCCCUGAUCAAAUGACUAGGGGCUUCUUUCGUGUUUAUGAUGAAAUGCCUGAUAUUGUCAUUGAUGUUCCUCAAGCAUAUACUGUGCUGGAAAAGUUUGUUAUGAAGUGCAAAACUGCUGGUUUUAUUACAGAAGAAGUGGUGAAAAAGCUUCCUAUUCGGGGAAGGAAACGAUUUGUAUCUGAAGGAGAUGGAGGAGCUCUUAAACCAAAUCCUCAUGAUUGUUGUCUGAAAGAACCAAAAGUAAUUUCAAAAUGAUUUUUACCAACAAGCUGGGUUCUCUGUGGUCACUAUUACAACUAAAAAGUAUCUUCAUUCCUUGAGGUCACUUAAAAGUCGUGCUGGUACCUUUUUCGGCAAAAUGGUUGGAUUAUUCUGUCAAAGCUUUUUCCAGUUACAUCAGUUGCAGCUUUAUUCUCAAAAAUAUUGGCAUAAAAAAACCCAAAUAGUUGAAAUCAAUUUUACAAUUUAAAAAUUCUGUUCUAAUUACAAAUUUGGGUACAAAGCUUCCAUUUUAGAUGUCUAAUGAUUAAAAAAGUUGAUACUUUAGGUACAAAUAUGCACAAAUUGAUCAUUUGAUGAGAUCCAGAGUAUAUUCAAUAAAUAUUUUGAACAUCAUAGUAAAAAGUUUUUAAACUGUUCUCCAAAACAGUUUUCGUAUCAUUUAUGUAAACAAAUGACAUCAUUCAAAAGUCAUUUUUUCUUUUGAAAAAUGGUCAGUAUUGCAAUUGUUUUUGAGUAAGUUUUGCACUGAGAAUCCAACAGCAUGGCUGUUAUACCUAUUGCUGUACUUCAAAACAAUAGCUGUAAAUUUUGUCUUUAAAAAAAGGAAUAAAACAGUGAAAAUGAUGUUAUUAAGAUUAAAAUAGAGGCAAUAUGCAAAUAAGAAUUUUUUUUAAGUGUUAGUUUUAAAAUUUUUUGGAAGUGAUAUGACAUUUGCAUCAUGAGUGAGUGUGUUUUAAGUUGCUUUUUUUUUUUUUUUAACGAGUAAUGUAAAGUUAGAUUUUGUAACUUUCCUUUUUUUAUGUGUUUUUUUGGGAAAUAUUCACUUUGAUAUUUGGUCAUAGAUGAACUGGCAUUGUUGCUCAACUGUGGUUUCAUAUUAUUAUGUAAAUGAUUUGAGUUGGAAUAAAAUCACCUCAAAAGCUUCA